AGCCAAAAGAAAGAGUAAACAAUGGAUGACAGUUAAAUACAAUAAGGAAUUAGCAAAAAAUAGUCAAUUGUAAGAAAUUAAAGGAAUGCUAGUAAGAAAAAAAUGAAAAGUGUUCUUCUGGCUAUUGGUCUUCUUUUUGUUCGUGGACGGUGUAGCAAUAAUGAAAAUAAAGAUCUUGACAUUGAUCUUCAUCCGCUUGAUCGUGGACCAUAUUUCGAUACAUCAGCAUCUCAUAAUGUCACGGCAUUAGUUGGUAAAUCGGCAAUACUUCGAUGUCGUGUACACAAUUUAGGAGACCGUACGGUCUCAUGGAUACGACACCGAGACAUACACCUACUGACAGUAGGUAUCGAUACGUAUACAUCAGAUCAAAGAUUCGUUGCAUCACAUUUUCCUAGAACAGAAGAAUGGACACUUGAAGUUAAAUAUCCACAGCCUCGUGAUACUGGAAUUUAUGAGUGUCAGGUAUCAACAACUCCACCCAUUGGCUAUUCAAUGCAUUUGUCUGUCGUAGAACCAGUGACAACAGUAAUUGGAGAGCCAGAGAUGUAUAUAAAUAAAGGUAGUACAAUGAAUCUAACAUGUGUAGUGAGACAUAGUCCUGAACCACCACCAGCUAUCUAUUGGACACAUAACAAUGAAGAGAUUAAUUAUGAUAGUCCUAGAGGGGGAGUGUCUGUAAUUACAGAAAAGGGUGAGAUUACCACAUCAUACCUUCUUGUUCAACGUGCUCAACCUACUGACAGUGGAAGUUAUACAUGCCACCCAAGUAAUGCGAAUGAUAAAAGCGUCAUUGUUCAUGUUCUAAAUGCUUUUUUAUUAAUAGGUGAGCAUCCAGCUGCUAUGCAACAUGGUGGUCAACUGAAAUUAGCUAAUCCACCGUUCGUUAUUCUUCUAGCAAGUAUAUUAACUAUAAUCCAUUUUUAUGGUUAAAAUUUAAAUAAAAAUUUUAAAAAGUAAUUAUGUAAAAGCAUUAACAUCAAAAAAAUUUAUUAUUUAACAGUCAUAUGACUCUAUUUUUUUGUUACUUAUUAUUCUAAAAUUAAGUCAAAUAAAACCAGAAAUAAACUCCGAAGUAGAAUAAACGUUGCAAAUGUGAGUUGUCUAUAGAAAUUUUCUAGCAUGAAAUAUUCACAAAAGCUAAACCUUCUUGCAUUGAAACGUCUAUUCUAUUUGUACAGAGUUCCAUGAUAAAGUAUGAAUCGUUCGUCGAUUUACUGCCACUCUUUUUGUCAAAAUGAUUUUAGUAAUUUUACAAAUGUAAUUAAAUGGAUUAUAUAAAAUUAUAAUAACAUAA